AUGGAGCGCAGGGUUGCCCGAGAGUUCCGCCACAAGGUUAAUCUAUUAAUUGACAAUGAAGCGGAGAAGGAUUAUCUUUAUGAUGUGCUGCGGAUGUACCACCAAUCUAUGAAUCUUCCAGUGCUUGUGGGGGACCUAAAACUCGUGAUUAAUGAGCCAAGCAGAUUGCCUCUAUUUGAUGCUAUCCGCCCACUUAUCCCCUUAAAACACCAGGUGGAAUAUGAUCAGCUGACACCCAAACGAUCACGAAAGCUGAAAGAGGUGAGAUUGGAUCGUUUGAAUCCUGAAGGGCUUGGAAUAAGUGUGAGAGGUGGACUGGAAUUCGGCUGUGGCCUCUUCAUCUCCCAGUUAGUUAAAGGAGGACAGGCAGACAAUGCUGGACUUCAGGUUGGAGAUGAGAUAGUUCGUAUAAAUGGAUAUUCCAUUUCAUCAUGCACACAUGAAGAAGUCAUAAACCUCAUUCGUACAAAGAAAAUAGUGUCCAUAAAAGUAAGACAUGUUGGCAUGAUACCUGUCAAAAGUUCAGCAGAUGAACCCCUUAAAUGGCAAUAUGUAGAUCAGUUUGUGUCAGAAUCUGGGGAAGCAAAGGGCAGUGUUGCUGGACUUGCUUCUUCUGGAGGGAGAGACAGUAAGGAGAAGAAAGUCUUCAUUAGCUUGAUAGGUACAAAAGGCAUGGGAUGCAGUAUUUCCAGUGGUCCGACACAAAAACCAGGCAUUUUUAUCAGCAAUGUUAAGCCGGGUUCUCUUUCAGCAGAGGUGGGCUUAGAGGUUGGUGAUCAGAUUGUUGAGGUAAAUGGAGUGGACUUUUCUAACGUGGAUCAUAAAGAGGCUGUCAGAGUGCUCAAAAGUAGUCGUACUUUGACUAUCUCUGUGGUAGCAGGCGCUGGAAAGGAGCUGUUCAUGACUGAAGAAGAAAGACAAAGAGAAGCACGUCUCCGUGAGCAAGAACGCCAGGAGUUAAUGCAUCAGAAGCGGCUUGCGCUGGAGACUAACAAAAUCAUCAAAGAGCAGCAAGAGAAAGAGAGACUAAGAAAACUGGAGAUUUCCCAGAAGGCUGCAGAGGAAGAAGAGAGAUAUCGCAGAGAAAUAGAGCAGAUAACAGCAGAGGAGGAGAAAUUUAAAAAGGAGUGGGAAGAAGACUGGGGUCCUAAAGAACCACCCAAGUCUUUAAAAACUGUAACUGCAGAAGUGCAUUCUGUCCCACGUUCCAAACACAAAACUUUUGGGUGGUUUUAUCGGUAUGAAGGAAAAUUUCCCACCAUCCGUAAGAAAGGGAAAGAACGAAAGAAGUCAAAAAGUGAUAGCUUUUGUGAACAGAAGAAGAAUAAAAAGGAAAUGGAGUUUGAGCAAAAACUCGCCAAAGAGAAAGAAGGAAUGUUGGAGAAAGAAAAACAACUGAAAAUAAAUCGUCUUGUGCAAGAGGUAUCUGAGACAGAAAGAGAGGACCUGGAAGAAUCGGAAAAGGUGCAGCACUGGGUGGAAAGACUUUGUCAAACACGGUUAGAACAGAUUUCCUCUGUGGAGAAUGAGUCUCCUGAGCUGGCAAGUGGACGUCCUUCUGCUUCGCCUUCUGCCACAUCAAUGCGGCGUUUUGCCGGUGGCCUGCAGCUUCACACCACAGAUCUUGAUGAUAUAAACUUAGAUGAAGUUGACAAGCCUAAACAACGCGCACCACCACCUCCACCACCGCCACCCACAGUCACUCCAGCACCACCACCUCAUCCACUUCCUCCCUCAAACGUCCCACUUUCCAGAGGUCCAGCCCUGUCGGUAACACCAGCUUCCCAGGUUGUAAGAAACACCUCCCACGUCGGCAAAGUAUCUUCUGUGUCAAGCAAUCCACUGCAACUUGCUCCAAGUCCACCUACCCAACGUCACCCAGGGGUACCAAUAGUCUCUAAACCAGUUAUGCUGCAUCCUGACCCAAACUUUAUGGUCAGGCCAACAAUCAAAUCAGAGGCCCUGCCACAAGAGAUGUUUAAAAGGAUGGUGGUUUACAAUUCAUCAUUUAGAUCUAACAAAAAACAAGGCUUCCAGAAGUACGUGGAAGAUUUUGAUCCAUAUUCAAUGUUCACCCCAGAACAGAUUAUGGGAAAAGAUGUACGGCUAUUACGAAUUAAAAAGGAAGGAUCAUUAGACCUUGCAGUUGAGGGAGGAAUUGAUUCUCCAGUUGGAAAGAUAGUUGUGUCUGCCAUAUAUGAAGAUGGUGCUGCAGACAAACACGGAGGCAUAGUGAAAGGGGAUGAAAUACUAGCUGUAAAUGGCAAGAUAUUAAUUGACAGCAAGCUGGCAGAAGCACAGGCAACUCUAGCGAAAGCUUGGAACAUGGGUGGGGAUUGGAUUGACUUAGUCAUUGCAGCAUCACCUCCAAAGGAAUAUGAUGAUGAAAUAACAUUUUUUUAAAGAAGACUACAACUGGAAAAAUGGAAUCUUCCCUCUGCAGAAACCUGCUGCUCUGUAAAUUAAUAGGAAAUCAAUAGCCACAUUAAAUACAUCUUUAUUGACUGAUAUGUGAGCAAUCAGACCUGUAAAUUGAACUAGAGACUUCAGAUUCUUCAGAUUAGAAAGAUUUUAAAUUACUCAUAUAUAGACAUACAGCAAAAUUUUUUUUUUGUCAGAUGAUUGAGAAGAACUGCUGGUGAGCAUAGUUCAGUCUGUGAGCGUUCAAUCUAUUUUUGCUAUUUUGAGGGGACAAAUUUUGAAAAUUAUCUUUCAGUUUUCCUGGAAAUAGACACUAAAAUGACAAAUGAAGAUAGAACACAGAUGUCUGUUCCCACAUGCAACACUUUCGAAUACACCUUCACAGGCCAGUUUGGGUGCGAAAAGGAUUAUAUUUUUACUCCCUACAUAGUGAUUUUCCCUGGGAAAGUGGGAAUGUAUACAGUUAACUUAUGUUCUCACUCAUAUUCUUGUAGUUCUCUUAAUGUCCAUUUCUGUUGCUCAGUUGUGAGGUUUUUUGAAUAUAAAAACCCAAGAGUGCUAGCAUUAUGAAGAAUAAUUUUGGUGAUAUUUAUGCAGCAUAAAGAAUCUUCUCUACCAGCAAAGUAGAUAGCUAGCAAGUAGUCCAGAUAAAAUAAUUAUGUUUAGUCACAUUACUACUGAGUAUUUGUAUUGGUGUCAAAAAUUCCUCCCUCACAUAGUCAUGGGUGGAAAAUUUGGGUGUGAUUCACAGUCUGCAGUUGUGUACUUUGUUCUCAGUGAGGCUAUAUGUGUGACUAAACUAUGCAGGAAAUCACCAAGUGUAAUAUUCUGCUUUUGGUAAUUAUGUGUCUUAGGUUUGAGUAAAUUUCUCAAGACCAUAAAAUCUAUACUAACUUGGCUUUAAAUAAGUAUGAUUACAGUUGUAGACUUAGUAAUUUAUUUGUACGAACGAACUAUCUCCUUAAAAAUGUCAUUGUCUUCUUCCUUUCUUGUAUCUGCCGGUUUGUAUUCUGUUUUUUUGUAUUGUGUUUAGAUUUUUCUUACCUGUGCUAAAGAGAGACAGUUUGGGCAUAUCAAAUUCCCCCUCAAGUCUUACCUUUUCAAGAUUUGGAAACCCUCCUUUCUGUAACACAGAAAAAUAACAACUUUGUUCCUGAGAACUCUAUACUCAUACGCAGAUGAUUACUUAUGUUGACUUUCUUUAUUUGCAGUAUGGUUCCAGUAUGCCAAUUAAUGUGUGUGGCAGGGUACAUAUGUUAGAAUGUUUAAUAUUUUAACUCUUACAGCUAAUUCAGAAAUAAAAGUGCAUUUGCCAAAUGGAA